GCGGGCACCGCCGCUGGCCCCCGCCCCGCCGCCGAGCGCACCCGCCCGGGCACACGCACCCUGCCGCUGGACGCACCCCCCGCACUCCUCCCGCGGCUCCGCCGGGCGCCCGAGCCGGGCAGAUGCGCCGCCGCGCGUCCCCCGCUCCGGGCCCCACCGUGCUCUGCCGCGCGCCGGGGGCUCCUCUCCCGGGCCCCCCUGGGCGCCCUCCGGCUCUGGUUCCCGCCCGCUCCUUGGAAUAACCCCUGAGGCUCCAGCCGUCACCGCAAAGUUUCCCGAGGAGACCCGCCUCCCCGGCCGCUGCGCAGGCAGGCUCCCGAAUGAAAAGGAAAAUAUGCAAUGAGAGGCACUAAGGAAACCUCAGAGGAAAUCCAGGCGUCUGCAAAGAUGGGGAAGGAACGACAUUCUACUCUCGUGUGAGGUGAGGAAGCAGGCAGUGGGCGAGAAGACGGAUUCCUUUUUGGACAGACAAGACCAGGGAGUGAAGCGGGAAGAACCCAUCCUCCCUACCUCCCCAGCAAGGAAACCUCUACAAACAGGAGCAGCUAAGCAGAACUGAGGCCCUUGCCCCCCAAGCAUCUUCCCAAAGAAGGGCAUGUGGGGGCCUGACAGCUCAGCUGCAUGUGUCAGCAGCUCCAGCCCCACCAUGAACAUCUGAACUCCUCAGCAGGGUAAUGGACCCCCUCCUUCCCCCCGGAGACACAGCCUGAGUGGCAGGAAUACAGAGCCUUUGGAGAGUGGCUCCCUCUCAGCUCCGUCACGCAAGAACGCUCUCUGCACCCAGCCCAUUCUGCCAAGUGACUUAAAGGGAUUAAAAAAAAAAAAAAAAAAAAAAAAGCCUUGGUAAACAAAAAGGGGGUAAAAGCCACGCAGAGGUCUUUCAGAAGAGGUGGCGGCCUGCAGACAAAAGGGCAAGAGUUGAAAAGGGCCGUGGAGGUAGCAAGCAGCAGAGGCCACCCUGCUCAGGGCUGGGUGCCAGGCCACAGGGCAUGCCCGAUGAACAGGGAGUCGGAACCCCCUCAGGCCACCCUCGGGAGUCCUGGGGUCCAGAGGGGUCCUGUACCCCUUGCACACAGGACUCUCACUCUGCAGGGAUAAGCCACCUGCGCCUGUGGCCUAGGGUGCCAAGGAUGCUGCUGAUUGUGGCCCGCAGCCUCAUCUGAACGCCAGGAGACCAGGAGACUGAGGCACCGGAUCCCCUCUCUGUGCCCUGGGGCGCCCCAGUGCUGCCCAGUCACCCGAGGGCUGAGGUCUGCGUCCCUAGUAGUGCAAGGCCUGGUAGGACCACGGGGCAGGGAAUGUGAGUGCCAUCCGAGCUCACGGUGUCCUGAGCCGCGGCUUCGUGACUUUGGCGGGGGCCUCCGGACCAGUGACCCCAGUUGGACCCAGAAGGCUCUUGGGCUGCAGCGACAAAGGAGGUAUUCAGGCUCCAGGGCAGGUGGGGCCGGACGCCCCCAGCCAUCCACCAUGGUGGUGGCACACCCCACCGCCACUGCCACCACCACGCCCGCUGCCACUGUCACGGCCACCGUCGUGAUGACCACGGCCACCAUGGACCUGCGGGACUGGCUGUUCCUCUGCUACGGGCUCAUCGCCUUCUUGACGGAGGUCAUCGACAGCACCACCUGCCCCUCGGUGUGCCGCUGCGACAACGGCUUCAUCUACUGCAACGACCGGGGACUCACAUCCAUCCCCGCAGAUAUCCCUGAUGACGCCACCACUCUCUACCUGCAGAACAACCAGAUCAACAACGCUGGCAUCCCCCAGGACCUCAAGACCAAGGUCAACGUGCAGGUCAUCUACCUAUACGAGAAUGACCUGGAUGAGUUCCCCAUCAACCUGCCCCGCUCCCUCCGGGAGCUGCACCUGCAGGACAACAACGUGCGCACCAUCGCCAGAGACUCGCUGGCCCGCAUUCCGCUGCUGGAGAAGCUGCACCUGGAUGACAACUCCGUGUCCACCGUCAGCAUUGAGGAGGACGCCUUCGCCGACAGCAAACAGCUCAAGCUGCUCUUCCUGAGCCGGAACCACCUGAGCAGCAUUCCCUCAGGGCUGCCGCACACGCUGGAGGAGCUGCGGCUGGAUGACAACCGCAUCUCCACCAUCCCGCUGCAUGCCUUCAAGGGCCUCAACAGCCUGCGGCGCCUGGUGCUGGACGGUAACCUGCUGGCCAACCAGCGCAUCGCCGACGACACCUUCAGCCGCCUACAGAACCUCACGGAGCUCUCACUGGUGCGCAAUUCACUGGCCGCGCCACCCCUCAACCUGCCCAGCGCCCACCUGCAGAAGCUCUACCUGCAGGACAACGCCAUCAGCCACAUCCCCUACAACACGCUGGCCAAGAUGCGUGAGCUGGAGCGGCUGGACCUGUCCAACAACAACCUGACCACGCUGCCCCGCGGCCUGUUCGAUGACCUGGGGAACCUGGCCCAGCUGCUGCUCAGGAACAACCCCUGGUUCUGCGGCUGCAACCUCAUGUGGCUGCGGGACUGGGUGAAGGCACGGGCAGCCGUGGUCAACGUGCGGGGCCUCAUGUGCCAGGGCCCUGAGAAGGUCCGGGGCAUGGCCAUCAAGGACAUUACCAGCGAGAUGGACGAGUGUUUUGAGACGGGGUCGCAGGGCGGCGUGGCCAACGCAGCCGCCAAGACCACGGCCAGCAACCAUGCCUCCGCCACCACGCCCCAGGGUUCCCUGUUUACCCUCAAGGCCAAAAGGCCGGGGCUGCGCCUCCCUGACUCCAACAUUGACUACCCUAUGGCCACGGGCGAUGGCGCCAAGACCCUGGCCAUCCACGUGAAGGCCCUGACGGCAGACUCCAUCCGCAUCACGUGGAAGGCCACGCUCCCCGCCUCCUCUUUCCGGCUCAGUUGGCUGCGCCUGGGCCACAGCCCGGCUGUGGGCUCCAUCACGGAGACCUUAGUGCAGGGGGACAAGACAGAGUACCUGCUGACGGCCCUGGAGCCCAAGUCCACCUACAUCAUCUGCAUGGUCACCAUGGAGACCGGCAAUGCCUACGUAGCUGAUGAGACACCCGUGUGUGCCAAGGCAGAGACGGCCGACAGCUACGGCCCUACCACCACACUCAACCAGGAGCAGAACGCCGGCCCCAUGGCGAGCCUGCCCCUGGCGGGCAUCAUCGGCGGGGCCGUGGCUCUGGUCUUCCUCUUCCUGGUCCUGGGGGCCAUCUGCUGGUACGUGCACCAGGCUGGCGAGCUGCUGACCCGGGAGAGGGCCUACAACCGGGGCAGCAGGAAAAAGGAUGACUAUAUGGAGUCGGGGACCAAGAAAGACAACUCCAUCCUGGAAAUCCGCAGCCCUGGGCUGCAGAUGCUGCCCAUCAACCCAUACCGCGCCAAAGAGGAGUACAUGGUCCACACCAUCUUCCCCUCCAACGGCAGCAGCCUCUGCAAGGCCACACACACGAUCGGCUACGGCACCACGCGGGGCUACCGGGACGGCGGCAUCCCCGACAUAGACUACUCCUACACAUGAUGCCCGCCCACCCGGGCUGCCCCGCCUCAGCCCCAGCUGCCCUGGCGUGGCCACGUGGCUUUGCCCAGCCUGCCGCAAUCUGAGAGAGCAAGGAAGAGAAAUUCCACGGGUGACUUUCUCCCACAGAAAGCAAAGUUUGGGGAGGGCUGACGAUUUUGUAGAACACAACAGUGACAAUUUUUUUUAAAAGAAUAGAAGGCAGGAGGGGGAAUUCGACAUUGUUGAAGACAUAAUUUAUACUGAGUUAUGCCAGUUGGGGAGGGAAGGACUAAAAAUAAUAUCGCAGGAAGGGCUGGGUUGGGUUUUGUUUUGUUUUGUUUUUUCCCCCUGAACUGGAAGGAUACUACCUGUAUAACAUCUGUGGACACCUCAUGCUCUGUUCAGGGCCAUCACAAAGGAACUGCCAGGGAGAAGCAGCCAGCUCUCAAAGCUCCCCCACAGCUCUCCCGCCGCUGGCCACUCGCUGGCGACGCGAUGGAAGGUUUUCAGGCUCCUCACAAAGGAGAGAGGGAAGAAAAGAUCUUUUGCCCUGGAGAUAUGGUCCUGAAAUCUCUCCCCUGGCUUAUUCCAUACCAUUUCCCUUGCAGAUUUGCAGAAACAUGGCAUCUUUCACUGCAUUCUUUGAACAAUCACGUAGUCGAUUAAAAAAAACAAACAAACUUUUUUUUCCUAGGCUGAAGCCCUCUUCAGUUCCAUGCACCACGCUCCAUAGAAGCCCCGGCGGAAGCUGUAGCUUUCCCUGCCACCUGGAAGUGCAUCUGUCUGCCUGUCUAUCCCUGUCGCGGUGUCUCUAAGUACAGAUGGGUAGAUAGAGCCACAGGCACGGUCCUUACCGUUCUUCUCGGGUCAGUUCUCACCAUUUCCUGAACAAUAGCAUUGCGAAAGUGUUGCUUUCUCCUAGAAAUCCUUGAGUAAGUAGACCAUGUGUUGGGGAUGGGAGUGAGGUGGGGGAGGAGACUUGGUCUCUGGGGGCUACUGCUGUUCCUAAAGGCUGAGGUGUGUAUGUGGCUUAGGGAGGCGUCGCAGCUGGGGUUGCCAGUCCCAUCCUAGCUCAGCUUGGCCAGCGCUGGGCUGCUCUCCUUUCUGAUAUAGAUAAAAGCUUUAUUUGAUUCCAGUGUCCUCAUCUCCCUCCCCCACCAUGUGCAAUCACCUUAAUAGCUACUUUCUGAGCAUUUACCAUGUGCUGAAUGUUCCCUCCUAGGACGGGUAAUUAGCGCAGGGAUUUUUUUUUUUAAAUAUCAGCUGAUUAGACCUAUUGGUUUCCAUGGCUGCUCAAACAAAGCCCAGAAAAAGACAUAAAAAUUCUCGAAAAAGCCCUGGGUGAUGGCAGUCCCUCCCUGAACGUAGAAAACUCAGCUGGGCCCACCCCUGGGACUCUGUUUCUUGAGAGGGAGAGACCAGAUCUCUUUCUAAAAAUGCCAGCCUCCGAAAGGGCCCUGACUGGGGCCCUCAGAAGAGUUAAGAUUUUAUUUCCUCCCUCUGGAAUCCAUGUCGCUAUCAUUCAUUUAUCAACUGACAGUUCAGUGUGGUGAGCCAUGAGAUUAAAACGAUGAUGAAAUAACGACAGCGAAUUGGACAGGGGGGAAGAGCGGAGCCUGGGGUUCCGACGUGCCUGCGUCCCAGUACUCGGGGAGCCCGGGUCACCAUCUGUCACUGUGCCGCUUGUUCUGCGCCAAGGAAAAGGAACGUCAAAGAGGAGAUGCUGGUCCGAGGGCAGGGGGAUGAGAGGGCUGGGAGCGCCUGGUGGUGCUAUUUUCAAACGGCCUCUGCCACCGUGCGAAAAGCAAAGGCAGAAGCAGCAGCGGGGCAGGGGUUACGUUAAAAGGCCCGACCGGCACCUUCAGUGAGGA